AUGACGAUCCACUGGAAGGGUCUCUACGACCCCUCAAUUGGCCCGCCGCCCCCCCGGAACUCCCACCAGGACCGCCCAACGCUGCUGGUGACAUGGUGGUGCUCGUCACUGUGCCUGUUCAUCAUUGUGUCCCGGGUGGUGGGCAGGUUCGCGAGGACGAUGAAGAUUUUCAAUGAUGAUAAAUGGAUGGCGGCUACGGCGGUGCCCUUGAUGAUCAGGAUGGGACUGAUCCAUGCGGUGCUGGUGCUGGGGACGAAUAAUGCGGACACGACCGGAAUGACUGACGAGGAGGUGAGGAAGAGGGUUUUGGGGAGUAAGCUGGUGCUGGCAGCGAGGGUGUGGUAUGCUGUGUUUAUUUGGAGCCAGAAGUUUUGCAUCACGGAGUUUUACAAGCGCCUUACGGUGCAUGUGUGGGAUCGACACUACGAGAUCGGGCUAAAGGUCCUGCGGUGGAGCUUACUCGUUACGUUUGCAGCAGCGUGUAUCAGUAUUUUCGCGGAGUGGCAGGUUAAACCAGACCCAGGACCGCAAUGCCGUGUUUCAUACGUUCCUCUUGUCACCCUUGGAAGUUUAAACGUCUUCACCGACCUCCUCCUCGUCAUCUUCCCCAUUCCAGCCAUCUGCCGCUCCGGGAUGCGUACACGAACAAAGUUCCACAUGAUAUUCCUCUUCUCCCUCUCCCUCCUCCCCGUUGCAACAACACUCUAUCGCGUCCCCUCCAUCAUCCGUCUCCAAGGAACCUACUCCCAAGCAUACCGCACGCUCUGGGCAUCAAUCGAGAGCCUAGCAGCAUGCGUCUGCGCCAACGCCGUCAUCCUAAACUCCUACGCCCGCGACCGCGGGCCCAAGAAGAAGAAGUUUCGGGCACCGAGUGAUGGCGAGGACGCCAUGGACCGGCGGAGCGUCAUGCUGGGGAACCUCUAUUGGGGCAGCGAUGAAGACCUUGCCAGAGACGUGGGCAUGGGCAUCGAUGCGGAUUUGUUGAGCCUCGCUGAGAGGAGCUCAAGGUCGUCGGGGUUCCCGUCGCCGGUGGCGUUUAAGGCGCCGACAUAUAACCGCUCGGAUCUGCCGCGGUACAACGAUAAAGACCAAACCCCGCCGUCGACCUCGCCGAAGAAGGAGGAGCCGGACAUGGAGUGGGGUGGGGAGCCGCGGGACCUUCCGGUGCCGGAGAGGAUGCAUAGUAACCGUGGGAGACGGCAGGUUUCGUUUUACGACGUGGGAGGACUACUUGGUGAGAGGCGCGAGAGCACUGGGAGUGAUUCGGGUGCGACUACGGUUGUGGAGAGCGGGGAGGGGGGACAGAUGAUGCUGAAUGAUGUUGGGGGAUUGUUGGGUGGGCAGCGAUGA